AGUUUUUUUUUGAUAGCCUAGAAAUAGAAAAAUAAAAAAAGAAACUCUGGGUUAUCAAUGGGUAAUGGUGAUGGUAAGCAAGUUCCGCUGAAGAGGUGCUCUGAUGGUAUCCGUUAUUUAGUAAUAGUUAAUGCUGCCGUGCGUAUAGUCAGUUCCGUUUUCCAUGCAUAUACAUUACCUACUAUAGAGAUUUGUCAAUCUAACAGUAACAUUAAACUUGUUUAAUCGAUUUUUUGGUUUAAGUGGCAGCAUAUAAAGCAAGCCAUUAACAUGUCACCAAGUAUUAUCGGCAACACGCACAGCUUAUUUUUGGCAUCAGAGGCACACAUUAUUAAUUCAAAGAAUGCAGAAGGGAAUGGGCUAAGCAAUACCUUAAAGAGUAAAAAUAAAAAUAUUAGAACGACAGAUUAUGGAGAAAACAGGACAAAUGAUUGGAACAUCCAAAUUGUCUGGCGUAAUGUGGUUAUUUUUAUAAUUCUUCACACGUUGGCAUUAUACUCAAUUGGUCUAGUAUUGUUUGGAUUUUACAAUUGGAAAACUCUUUUAUUUACUUACAUAUACACGGUUUUUUCUGGAUUUGGUAUAACAGCAGGUGCACAUCGGUUAUGGGCACACCGAACGUAUAAAGCUAAUUUACCACUAAGAAUAUUUCUGAUGUUAGCACAAUCAGCCGCCCUGCAAAAUGAUAUUCAUGAAUGGUCUAGGGAUCAUAGAGUACAUCAUAAAUUUACUGACACAAAUGCAGAUCCACACAAUGCAAGUAGAGGUUUCUUUUUCUCUCAUAUCGGUUGGCUAAUGUGCAAGAAACACAAAGAUGUCUUUGAAAAGGGAAAAACAGUUGACAUGAGUGACGUUCUAGGAGAUCCCGUAGUUCAAUUCCAAAUAAAGUAUUACAUUUUAUUGAUAAUCAUAAUGACGUUAUGCAUUCCUACUUUCAUACCAUGGUAUUUUUUUGGUGAAACUCUUUGGAUGUCGUUUGUGAUAUGCAUGGGAAGAUACGUUGUUUCACUGAAUGGGACCUGGUUAGUCAAUAGCGCUGCACAUAUUUGGGGAAAUAAACCAUAUGAAAGAGAUAUAAAGCCAACAGAAAACAAAUCAGUAUCAAUAAUAGCUUUCGGAGAAGGUUGGCAUAAUUAUCAUCAUAUAUUUCCUUGGGAUUAUAAAGCGGCAGAACUAGGAAAUUACAGAUUAAAUUUUACUACAGCGUUUCUUGAUUUGAUGGAAAAAAUAGGAUGGGCUACAGAACUUAAAACUGCUUCAAAAAGUAUGAUUAGAAGAAGAGCAACCCGAACAGGAGAUGGUAGUUGGUCUGUAACUGAAAAAAUAGAAGAAACUAAUAUGAUAAAUGCAAAAGAUAAUCAUCAUUUAGAUUCUAUAUGGGGAUGGGGAGACAAAGAUAUGAAGCAAACCGAAGCCAAUGAAAUAAGGAAGUUUAACAGAAUUAGAGCGUAGUUUUACUAUAGAAUAUACCGUUAAUUAUAUAUUUAUACCAUUGCUGUAUACGAUAUGUGAUAAAUACAAUGUGUCAGAUUAAGUAAAAUUUUAUUACUGAUAAAAUAAUUUUAUUAUUAGUGUAUAAC